UCACUGAUGAUCUCCCAUUGGAAGACUUACUAGUACUUGAACUACAUGUAAGUGCUUGUCUUUCUCAAGGAAGGUAUGCCACGUAUUGAUUUGGCGUUUUGUCGACAAAACAUUUUUAAAAAAUCUUGUUUGCGUCGUAUGCAUGCUGAGGGCUUAACCAAACUUCCAACCGCAAUCGUCUGAAGAUUGUACCCGAUCUGGACAAACUAUGACGAGAAAACAAGAUUUUCGCCCGUUACGCCACAGCGUCCCUACAUUCCGAGUCAAGCAAGCCUGUCUACUGCUAGCCAUCGCCUGUUACGUUGUUAUUCUCUUCUGUCUACUGGAGACUUACUACGGAGACUACAUUGCCUUAAGAAACCUUGGAGAAAGCCGUCCUGUGGGAAGACAGAGCUCAGCCUGGUUCCUAGAUGCACAUCACUCAACUCCCAUCAUGCAACCGCCAAUACAAAAAUACGUCAUCAACCGGGAAAUUCCAGUCCUCCUGACCAAAAGUCACGUGACUUUCAGCAAAUACGAGCGCCUCAAACGAUACAGACCACCCUACGGUUGGGCCAAUGUUUCAUGGGAAGAUGUUACGUCUGCUGUACAGCAUUUCAACGGCACGGUUCAUCGGUCGCUAUUCAACGUGUCGCAAGGCGGCGCACCUGUACGGUGUGCAGUUGUUGGAAACGGCGGGAAUCUUAGGGCGUCUGGGAAAGGGAAAGAAAUAGACUCCCAUGACUACAUCUUCAGGAUGAAUGCUGCUAUUGUGAAGGGUUUUGAGAAGGACGUCGGAAGGCGGACGUCUUUCUACUUCCACUCCGUCACGACCCUGAAAAGUUCCCUCAUCUCCGCCAGGAAAUACGGCUUUGUUCAAGUGCCAAACACAACGGAGACGAUUUACGUUGACAUCCCUACUCUAGAGAGGGACUACUUGUUUAUGGAUGCCAUGUUGUCCUGGAAACCUGUUCAGAAGGGUGAAGACACCAGUGAAUCCCACAGACCGCCAGGGCUGUUCGGUGAGAGACCGAAGGCAAGCCGGUUCAGAAUGAUCCACCCUGACUUCCUAUCAUAUCUGAAAUACAGGUGGCUGAACUCCACGUUUGGAUACGGGCGUUACCAGCGGAUCUACCGCCCGUCUACCGGCGCUGUGGCCCUCCUCACGGCCCUGCACGUCUGCGACGUCACCGACGCGUACGGCUUCAUCACACAAACAUGGCGGAACUACACUAGCCACUACUACGAAGACACCUUCCGAACAUUCGUGUUAGUGGCCAAUCAUGAUUUCGAGAUGGAGAUCAAGUUGUGGGACGACUUAGAUAGAGCUGGGAUCAUCAGUUUGUAUCGAGGAAAUAUAACGGGACGGUAGGUUAGGUUAAUCUCAAUCUCCGGUAAGAAAAUUGAUUUGAUUUAUUGAAAUCGUAAUAAUACAAUACACGUGGGACAAUGGCAGCUGUUGCUGGUGUUGUGUCCCACACAUAGAAACAAAUACUCACUUGAAGGGAAGUGAGGAAAGUCGUGUAAAGUGCCUUUUGCAAGGGCACAAGAUCGGUGGCAUGUCAGGACUCGAACUCGGGACCUCUUGGUUCCAGGUCGAGCACCCUGUCGUUUUACUGACCCAUAAAAAUUUCGUGUUUAUUGGAUGAUAGAAGGACGCCAAAGAAUUGUGCAAAGGUAAAUAGAAGUCACUUGCGACUAAAUUUACAUAAUAUCAACCUGUGUUUCUCUCGUUCUCAAUUAGGCCAUGUUGAUUUGAUUAUAUGGAUGACAUCCG